AUGAGCUACUCACCCCAUCCCCAAUACUCUUCUCACAAUUUCCCAUCUCAAUUAAACGUGAACACAAUCGACGAUGGAGUCUAUCGACCGAUUCCACAAAGAAGCCCGCUUACAAAGCAAGUAAAUCAACUUGCCUACGAGAUCCCGAAGAACAAAUACGCGCAGAAUCCGUGGAAUUAUGCACCCGAGUUUUUGAAGGUGAUGGGUGAUGUACGAACGCAUGUUGGUGGAAAAGCCGUUUUUGACUGUGUCCUUCUCGGAAGCCCUCGACCGAGAGUGACAUGGCUCUUCAAUGAUGACAAGAUGAUUUUCAACGAUGUGGAGAUUGUCGACAAUUGCGAUGUUUGUCGUUUAGUCAUCCCAUACGUUCAACCAUAUCAUUUUGGUCAAUUCACUGUUCUCUGCGAAAACGAAGUUGGUCGUGCGAUUGCUAGCGCUGAAUUGCUACCUUAU